AUGAUGCUGGCAGACAGGUGGGUCACCCUCCUCCUGCUUGAACUCGUGGCACUUCUGGAUGCAGGCCAGUGUUCUGGUGGCCGUCCCGUGUGGCGCUAUAUCUCAUCGGAGGUGGUGAUUCCCAGGAAGGAGGUUCACCAUGGCAAAGGUGUUGAGGUGCCAGGCUGGCUCUCCUACAGCCUGCGUUUUGGGGGCCAAAGACACAUCAUCCGCGUGCGGAGCAAGAAGCUUGUUUGGUCCAGACAUCUGCUAAUGACGACUCAGGAUGACCAAGGAGCCUUGCAGAUGGACUACCCCUACAUCCCUAUGGACUGCCACUACCUUGGCUACCUGGAGGACAUUCCUCUGUCUACAGUCACUGUUAACACGUGCUAUGGGGGCCUGGAAGGUGUCAUGAAACUUGAUGACCUGGCCUAUGAAAUCAAGCCCCUCCAGGAUUCCCACACAUUUGAACAUAUUGUUUCUCAGAUAGUGGCUGACCACGAUGCCACAGGGCCCACAUAUACGCUGGAACAGAAGGAAGAGUUUGAUUCCUUCUUCCCUGAAAGAAAUGGCACUGUGUCUUCCAGGAUUUCCAGUUUCAACUACCUGUUCCAUAUAGCCCAUCUGAAAGGACACAUUCAAUUUUCUAAUGGCAUGUAUCGUGUAUUCAACAAUGUAACAAAAUGUGUCCAUUUGGGGAUAAAUAUGUUUAGCGUUAUUGACAGCUUUCUCCGAGGUAUUGCUUUUACCCAUUAUAUUUUUCUCCUAACUGUAUAUGAUGUGCAAGACCCAACAAAUAUGGAUGAUGUGCGUGUUCCAGGUAGUGCAAUGAGUCGGCACUAUGUUCAAACUUUCUAUAAACCUACUCAUUUGCGCCCUUAUAUAUCUACAAUGCUUACACCAGAUAAGCCAGAUGAUUCUGAAAUUAAACCUAAACAGUAUGGCGUAUGCAGUAAUGAGAACCUCUUGGUUUUUGCUUUCAAAGGCAGACAUUAUCUCUUGCUGGCUGUUUUAAGUACACAUCAUAUAUCGAGAAUGAUAGGUCUUGGUUUUGAUCAUACAUAUUGCUACUGCCAAAGACGAACUACCUGCUUCAUGAUGUUCUACCCUGAAAUAACAGAUGCCUAUAGUAACUGCUCCAUUAUACAUUUACAGCAUGUAGUUACAAAUGCAAGGAAUGAGCAAUGCUAUUACCUGACUACUCCGGAGGUAUAUUUGAACAAAAGCUUGAUCCAGACACGUUGUGGAAACUCUAUAGUAGAGGAAAGCGAACUGUGUGACUGUGGUUCCUUCAAGCAGUGUUAUGCCAAUAAGUGCUGUCAGAGCAACUGUGAGUUCACUCCUGGAAGUGUCUGUGAUAAACAGCAAUGCUGUUCAAACUGCACCUACUCCCCAGCUACAACUCUCUGUAGAUCCAUCAGAAACAUAUGUGACCUUCCUGAGUACUGUCUUGGGUCCUUAUCCAUGUGCCCUGAAGAUUUUUACUUGCAAGAUGGAACCCCAUGCACUGAGGAGGGCUACUGCUACAAGGGGAACUGCACUGACCGCAGCAUGCACUGCAAAGAAAUCUUUGGUGCGAGGGCAGAGAAUGGUCCUGAGGACUGCUAUGCCGUUAAUCUCAUCAGCGACCGAUUUGGACAUUGUGGCAGAAACAAAACCGCCCUCCUUUACUUUCCUUGUGCUGUAAAAGACAAGAUGUGUGGGAGGCUGCAAUGUAUCAAUGUCUUUUACCUUCCCCAACUGCAGGAGCAUGUGUCAUUCCAUCAGUCUGUGUACAAUAACUACACCUGCUUUGGACUGGAUGACCACCGGGCGACAGGAGCAACUGAUGCGGGGCGUGUGAGAACUGGAACUCUGUGUGGGCCUGGAAAGUUCUGUCAGGACAACACAUGUUCUGGGGAUGUUACUGCCCUGCAAUACGACUGUGUCCCUGAGAAGUGUAGCUUUAGAGGAGUUUGCAACAAUAAGCGGAAUUGCCAUUGCCAUGUUGGUUGGGAACCCCCACUGUGCCUGAAUAGGGGUGCUGGGGGAAGUUCAGACAGUGGACCCCAGCCCAGAAGAUUACGUACAGUAAGAAGUAGCCUAGAACCAAUCGUUUACUGGAGACUGGUCAUAUCUCGAAUUUACUGUUUCCUUUUGGCACUCUUCUGUGGGGUAGUCACAAGACUACGCCAUAUUACAACUACCGUGGUCAUGGAAGAAACAACUCCUGAGACACACUAAAACAUCAGUUGGACACUGGACCCCUGUGCAUAUGUGGAAGCUCUAACAGCUGCAUCUAUGGAGAAGAACUGGUGGACCAUAUAACCAUGUUCAACUUCAUGUUUCCACAAUUCUGCCUGGCACAGAAGGGUCUAUCCCAAAGGUCUGUGGAAUAUUGACUAAUGAAGGUUUUCUGUAAUGGUUGUCAGUGUACACUCGUAAUAAAAGUCAAAA